AGACACAGCGAUCUUGACGACGGGUUAAAUAAACAAGACAAUCACAGUAGCUGCUCGGUGAAACGGGAAGAGCAUGGAACGACACCAACAGCACAGCCAGCCGCCUCCAUUUUCAAUUCAGCUUCUGGCGAGCGGAUUAGACGACUCAAGCAUCACAGCUGAGAACAGAAAUGACAAGCUCUGGGCCGUCUUCCCUGCGUCUUACCGCACUGGCGCUGAUGACCUUGCUGCCCCGAGUCAUGAUUACAUGGCCUGUAUCGAAAAGGAGCUCGAUGUGCAUAGGCUGAAUAGAAUCUUUCAAUGGCUGUGGGUGGUGGGCCGACCCAUGCCGCCCCGACCUCUCCACUGCCAGCUCCUGCUUGGACGCGAAAUACUCGUCACAGAACAGAUGGACAUGCAUCUCGUCUGGACGGAGGGUCGGGUAUACCUCAAACCCAUCCCACGCUUCCUACUUGAACCCCAUUUCUGGACUGAAUAUCUUUCCUGCCGGGACGGUUGCAGCUGCCUUUAUCAUGAGAGUGCCGUUGGUUCACUAGGGAGCGCCCGGGAGUGCUCCCAUCGAAAGCUGCGGAAGUCUGCACUUGGAUUCUUGUACACAUAUGCCGCACUGAUCUCUCAUGAGAGUGACUUUCAUAUUGCAAAGGACAAACGACUGCUCCCAGCCGACGAGAAGCACUUGACGUGGCAAGGGUGGAGGACUUUUGUUGAGCAACUCGACACGGCGUGCAUCUACCCGAACAUUAGCCUGCGAUUCAUUUACGGUGAGCUUCGCCUCAGCCGUCUGAAUAACAUAUACCGUUUCACACAGCGCCCGUUGCUGGGUGGUUAUACGAGACACUGGCACGAAUACAAGACCUUCUUUCGGGACAAUUUCACUUUGCUAGCAUCUGCAACAGUAUACAUUGCUAUCGUCCUCACUGCCAUGCAAGUCGGAUUGGAGACAAAAGGGCUUAGCGACAGCGCUUCGUUUCAGUCGGCAUCAUACGGUUUCACUGUUUUUUCCAUUCUGGGGCCACUUGCAGCCACAGGCUGUAUCCUCUUCUCGUUUUUCUAUUUAUUUGUGAACAAUUUGGUGGCAGCUCUAGCUUACGAGAAAAAAAGGUUUCAUCACAUCAACGUCAGCUCCGGUGGACCCCCAACCGCCGGAUUCGAUCAGAUAUAUCUAUACCUUCUUCGCACUGCUGUGACCAUCGUCGUACCAUUUUGA